AUGUCGCCCGCCCGCAUCCUCCUCUCCAUCGCGGCCCUGGCGCUCCUCCUGCACUCCUCCCCAACCCUAGCCGCCGCCGACGCCGCCGCCGAGCCCUGCGCGGCGCCCCUCUCCUCCGCCUCCUCCUCCGCCGCGCCCGACGAGGUCGCGCUCUGCCCGGUGCGCUGCUUCCGCCCGGACCCGGUCUGCGGCGCCGACGGGACCACCUACUGGUGCGGCUGCCCCGAGGCGGCCUGCGCCGGCGCCACCGUGGCCCGCCGCGGCUACUGCGAGGUCGGCGCGGGCUCCGCGCCCGUCUCCGGCCAGGCGCUCCUGCUCGUCCACAUCGUCUGGCUCUUCGUGCUCGGCGCCGCCCUCCUCCUCGGCUUCCUCUGACGACGCCCUCACCUGUUCUGUUCCCCCAUCUGUAAAAUCAAGCAUGCAUUU